AUGAACAUCCGUCAUACCACCAACUCUACCAACUCUACAGCAGUACUUGUCACUCUUUCCAAUUUCAUCCCAACGACUGUCAAACUCUUGUCACAUGUGUUUCAGGGUGGUUCUUUAGAUCAACGACAUUCCUAUGAUCCACUUGAAUCUACACCCUCCUCCUCCUCCUCACCAUCAUGGUGGUGGUCCAACAUUCUCACAACUCCAUCCACUGUAUUAUUCAUCACAGAACUCUACAGUGAAGUGAAUGUCAUGGAACUUGUUCUUCUUUUAAUAUUCAUUCUCACUCUGACACUUUUUCUCCGGAAAGUAUUCCACAAGGUACGAGAAAUCUUUUUUGAGCCAUUGAAUCGAGUGAUUGAUAUGGAACCAAUGUUAAUAUCCUCAUCAUCAUCUUCUCACAACCAUCACCACUCCAUGACAGCAUCAGCUUCUCGUCUCAGAAAACGAUUGGGACAAGUGCCACCUGUCUAUCCCAAUGGUUGGUUCAAAGUGUGUAAUUCAUGGGAAUUGAAACCAGGUCAAGUCAAAUACAUACAAAUGUUAGGAUUGGAAUUGGCAUUGUAUCGAGGAGAGAAAUCUCACAAAGCUUAUGCCUUAGAUGCUUAUUGUACUCAUUUGGGUGCUAAUUUAACAGUGGGUGGAACUGUUCAGGGUGAAUGUUUGACAUGUCCAUUUCAUCAUUGGUCAUUUAAGGGUGAGAAUGGUCAUUGUAUUUCACUUGGUAACAUUCCAAUCUCAAUGCCAAUGAUUAAAAAGAAUGGAAAAUUAGUGGAGAAUUUACAAGUGAGAGAUGAUAGUUUUGAAGAUUGUAAGAAGGUGGAAUAUUGUGAACAUCGAGAUGGAGUGGUGGAUGUUGCCACAAGAGGAGUGAUUUCCUCUUCAUCGGAAUUGAUGGAGAAUGACAGAAAUACUAGUAGUGAUAGUAAUAGUAGUUGUAGUAAUAGUAAUAGUAGUAGUAAUGGUCAACAACAACAACAGAAUAGUCAUCCUUUAAAAAUUCCAUCUCAAGCUCACACCAAGAGUUAUCUCUUACAAGAAAAGAAUGAUCAAAUUUAUUUGUGGUUUGAUGCAGAGGGAAGAGAACCACAUUGGGAAAUACCAUCGGUGAGACCUAAUUUGAAAACUCAUGGAAAGAUUGCACAUCACAUCUAUUGUCAUAUUCAAGAAAUUCCUGAGAAUGGACCUGAUGCACCACAAGAAAUGAAAUACACCUUUGGAUGGGUUUGGAACAUUUGGGGUGCUAAAUGGCAAAAAUCCACUCUCGAACAUCAAGAUCAUAUUGCCUAUUUCCAAGUGCAACAUGUUUCAACAUUUAAUGAUUUAUUUAACAUUCCAUUCAGUGUGGUGGAUGUCAAUGGAGGUCAAUAUGGACCUGGAAUUGUCAUGUUUGAAUUUUCAACACCAGUUGGCAGUUUCGAUUUAAUUCAAACAGUGACUCCAGUAGGUCCAUUGCAUCAACAUGUCGAACAUGUCAUUUAUUGUCCAUGGUUCAUUCCAAGAUGGUUUGCUAAAUGGUUUUUAAUCAUGAUGACAUCUUUUGUUGAACAAGAUAUUCCUAUUUGGAAUAAUAAGACAUAUUUGAAACAACCUGUAUUGGUUCGAAAUGAUGGACCUAUUGCACAAUUUCGAAGAUGGUUCUCUCAAUUUUAUUCUGAAAAUUCUCCAACUUUGGAGUCCUUGGGAGCAAGAUCCUUAGAUUGGUAA